AUGUCUCCUCCAAACUCUAUCCCCGGCUCCCCAGUCCAAGCCGCGAAAUCGAAAUCGCGAUCCAAACCUUCACUAUCAAUCGACCUUGCCAACAUCCCACUCAACCUCCCAUCGCCCCCCUCAAACACUCUCCUAAUCACCGAACUAAACAACCUCAUCCUCUUCCAACCCUCCUCCCUAGACAACAUCCGCAACCAAAUCACCGCAAUCGCGCCUUUGAACUCUUUCUCCCCACUCCCUUCUCUCCGACGAAUCGUCUGCUCUUUCCUCUCCGCAACAGACGCUCUCACAGUCCGAAAGACACUAGAAGGCACCUCCCUCCUCAACCAUGUCAUGCCAAGAAUCUAUUUCGGAGAAAAUACUCCCCUGCAAGAAGAGGGACCGAAGCUCCUACAGGCUCCACAGGCAGAUAAGAUGUUCUUUAUCUCUCCGCCUCCUAGCCCGCCGCAUGGAUGGAUGAUGCGCAAUGAGGAUCCCCCUAAUAAGGAGGCGCAUGCGAGUGAUCUUGCGCAUGCGCUUUCAAUGCUGAGGACUGGCGCUGAUCAACCGGAGCCUAUGAGUGUUGAUGCGGCGACGCCUACUUCUAUCUCUGAGGGGAAGAGGACGCCUAGCUGGCCGCUUAUGGGGACGCAGCGCAGUCGGAGCAGUACGGUCAUUUAUCACCCUGAAGACCAUGGGCAUAGUCCUAAUCUGCCCGCUGUUAUGGUUGAGGAUGUUAGUAUUAUGGGUGAUGAUGAUGAGGAUGUGGAUAUGGAUGCCGAUGCCGAUAUGAGUCCUAUUGAAAUGGAAUCGGUGAAGAAGAUGCCGCCUAAGACCUCGAGGCCUCCUGUUGAGCUGAUGUGA